CAUACAAGCCAAAAUGGUGAGUGUUUGUGAAAUCAUUUCAGAAGAAUACAUCAAACCAUCAUCACCAACACCACAACAUCUUAAGUUAUACAAUCUUUCCAUUUUAGAUCAACUCAUUCCUGCCCCUUAUGCACCCAUUAUACUAUACUACCAAAACCAAGACCAUGCCAGCGAGUUUGACAUCCAAGAACGGUUAAAUGUGCUCAAAAAUUCGUUAUCUAACACGUUAACUCGUUUCUACCCUUUAGCCGGGACCAUAAAAGACGACGUUUCCAUUGAUUGUAACGACGUUGGUGCUUACUUUGCAGUAGCUAGUGUGAAUACUAAACUUGACGAAUUCUUGACCCGUCCUGAUCUUGAGCUCAUUAACCAUUUCCUUCCACAUGAACCUACCAUUAAUGGGUCAAGUGAUGGAUUAUGUGUUAGUAAUGUUCAAGUCACCAUUUUUAAGUGUUGUGGAAUUGCUAUUAGUCUUUGUAUUUCACACAAGGUUCUUGAUGGUGCUGCAUUGAGUACUUUUUUGAAUUCAUGGGCUGGGACUAGUUUUGGGUCAAAAGAAGUUGUCUAUCCGAAUAUGAAUGCAUCUUCUAUAUUCCCUGCAAAAGAUUUAUGGCUAAAAGAUACAUCAAUGGUCAUGUUUGGUUCUAAAUUCAAGAUGGGUAAAUGUAGUACAACAAGAUUUGUUUUUGAUACAUCAAAACUAGCCAUUCUUAAGGCUAAGGCAGCUGAAAAUGGAUCAAAAGAUCCGACCCGUGUUGAGGUGGUGACAGCUUUGUUAUGGAAAUGUAUCAUGGCUGCAUCAGAAGAAAAUAGUGGUUCAUGGAAACCAUCUUUGUUAAGCCAUGUAGUGAACCUUAGGAAAAGGCUAGUGUCAAGUUUGUCAGAACACUCAAUUGGCAACUUAAUUUGGCUAGCAAGUGCAGAAUGCAAAACCAAGGCCCAAACCGGAUUAUUGCAAGAUCUUGUUGAAAAAGUGCGCGGUAGUGUAUCAAAAAUCAAUAGUGAGUUUGUGAAGAAACUACAAGGUGAAAAAAGGACCAAAGUGAUGGAAGAGUCUCUCAAGAGUAUAAAAGAUUGUGUGGACUAUACCGGAGUAACGAGUUGGUGCAAAAUGGGAUUCUAUGAAGUCGAUUUUGGUUGGGGAAAGCCGAUUUGGGUGUGUGGUAGUGUCUUUGAAGGUAGUCCUGUGUUUAUGAACUUCAUCAUUUUAAUGGACACAAAGAAUGGUGAUGGAAUAGAAGCAUGGGUGAACAUUGAUGAACAUGAAAUGAAUAUCAUGAAACACAAUAUGGAGCUUUUGGAAUUUGCAUUUGUUGAUCCAAGUCCUUUGAAAAUAAAUUACCAAUGAAGGUGUUGUGAUGAACAACCAAUUAAGUAGGAUUUCUUGUUUAUAAAUGAUUUGAAAGAUAACUAGGUACUGUUG